ACGAAUAGUUCAUAGUUGUAAUUUCGACACCAAAAUAAUUAGGAACUAACCGCUGGUCUUCGUAAAACUACAGUUCAUAAAAAAAUGGCCAAGUUAUACAUUUCUAGUUUUUUGCUGGUCAUCGCGGCCUGUGUUUGUAACAUAAACGCUGUUGGAGCUGUGGGUGGUGUUGCCACUACGAUUGAAGCACAUCCGUAUAUCGUCUCGCUACAGGAUACCAACGGCUCACUUGUCUGUGGUGGUGUCUUAAUUGAUACGAGGACCGUUGUCACUACGGCUCAGUGUUUAAGUUUUUACGACGUAUCACAACUGGUUGUCGGUGUUAGCAAUGGCGCUAGAGUCGUAUCAAUUGCCAAUAGCACCUUCAAUUUAGGUUUUGAUUUCAUCACUAUGCAGAAUGAUGUGGCCGUCUUGAUAUUGGCAGAAGCAGUGAGUGUUGGCACCAUCCCUUUAGCCACGGAAGAACCAACGAACGGUGUUAGUGGCGUGGUGACCACUUGGGACUCAAGCAACAACUUGGUGGAUAUAGCGGUGAGUAUCAUUGGCACUCAGGAAUGUGGUUCAGGCCAAUACAGCUACAGCGAAGAUGAUAUAUUAGCCACAAUGCUGUGCGGACUUGCGACUAAUACGAAUGAUUGUGGCGCUUUACCCGGUAGUCCUUUGGUUUCAAACAAUGAAUUAGUUGGUUUGGUUUCCUGGGGUUAUGGUUGUGGUAACAAUGGUAGACCUGCUGUCUUUACUGAUAUUGCAUCCGAAGAAUCAUGGAUCAUCCAAACGGCUAGUUCACUUUAA